AUGUCGACGACUAUUGAGGCCGUCCAGAUAACACGCACCGAAGCUGGCGGCUCGCUUGCGGCAAAGUUGGGUCAGAAGAUGAGGCCCCAAGCAGUUCGUCGCGAUUUGGAGCUCAUGGCCCUGCGACGAGAUCGAGCCGCGCCGCGGGGGGGGGGGGGGGUUGGAGACACCGGCGUUGUUGAAAAGGACAUCGAGCCUGGUCUCGACCGCGGUGAAGCAUUCACUACCGGUUUGUAG